UCAUCUGUCAGUGAUCUGUGAAACGGGAGAUCAGACGGUGACGAAGGAACCAGCUCCUUGAUAUUCCCAUCCGAAGUCCCUUGUGAAGUGUGGUCAACCAAUUCAGUCAUGGCAGCUACUUCACUUCUCAUCCUCGGGGCAAUGGCUUCCACAGCAUUGGGAGAGACGGUGCUGGGCUCCGUCGUCUUCUCCAGACAUGGAGAUCGUUCUGCAAAGCACUACUCCGGAUAUCAGCUCACGGAAUUGGGCUCCCAACAGUGCUUCCAGGUUGGCAGCAGCUAUCGCGAGCGCUACCUUUCAUCCGACUCCCCUCAACGCAUCCUUGGGAUCUCCGAAGAUAGCUAUGUCCCCUCACAAAUCUGGGCCAGUGCUCCAGACCAAGCCGUCCUCUUGAAUACGGCUACGGCGUUCUUGCAGGGCUUCUAUCCGCCUCUUGCAGGGCUCAACCCUGAGCUGGCAAGCUCGACUUUGAACAAUGGCUCGUUCUCGCAGAGACCGUUGGAUGGGUACCAAUACGUUACGCUACACGGCGAGGAUGACCAGUCUCCCGACACCAUUUGGAUCAAGGGUGAUGACGGAUGUCUGGCGCAGAACGAAGCCAGUGACUCGUUCAAGGAUAGCGCUGAGUUCCAGCAGCGUGUGGAAUCCACCCGAUCCUUCUACGCCGGGUUCUGGGAUAUCCUGGACAAUGUGUAUGAUUACGAGAAAGCCAACCUGACAUACGCUAAGGCAUACGAUAUCUUCGAUUUGAUCAAUGUCGCCGGGAUCCACAACGCCUCGAGCGUGGGCAAUGUCACCGACGAAGAACUCUUCCAACUCCGGACGCUUGCCGACAGUCACGAGUUCGGGCUCAAUUUCAACGCCUCGCAACCAGAGCGAUCCAUCGGUGGACAGACCCUGUUGGGUGGAAUCUUCAGCCAAUUGAACCAAACGGUGUCGUCCAAGGGGAAGCUUAAGUUUUCAUUGCUCGCAGGAAGUUACGACACGUUCUUGCAGACCUUCGGGUUGACCAACCUGAUCGAUGGCUUCUCCGACUUCUAUGGCCUCCCGGAGUAUGCUUCCACCAUGGCCUUUGAGCUGUUCACACCCGAGGACUCCACGUCGUUCCCCUCCGACGCUGACGCCAUCAACGUGCGAUUCCUCUUCCGCAACGGUACGGCCGGCAGCUUGACGCAGUUCCCAUUGUUCGGGCGCCCGGACGACUCGAUGACCUGGUCCGAGUUCUCGAGCGAGAUGCAAAAGCGGACGAUCAGCAGCGUGUCUCAAUGGUGCCAGCUGUGCAGCAGCACGGAAUCGUUCUGCGGAAGCGCCGCGACGGCGGCCGGAACCGAAAGUGUGGGUAGCGGGAGCGGGAGCGGAAUGUCGAACGCUGUAGCGGGCGUCAUCGGUGCCUUCGUGACUCUGGGAGUCUUGUUGGUUGUCGGAGGGCUCGUGUUUGUCGUCUUCAGGCGUCGCGGUCGUGGAUCGACUGGUUCAACUGGUCCAACUGGUCCAACUGGCAUAGCGAUGGAGAAAAGCAGUCAGCAUUCUGUCAGCGAAAAUCAGAGCGUUUGAGGCAGUUCAU